ACUAACCAACAGACCCCCAUUUCCUUCCCUAACUCUCCUACCCUGCUCCGAUCCCUCCAAUGACAGAAUCCGGCCUCCCCCGCUCCUCCUCUUCCUCCCCCAUCAUCCCCAAACCCAUCCACCGCCGCCGCCUCCCUCUCAUUCUCCUCCUCGUUUUCCUCCUCCUACUACUCCUCGCCGCCAUCAUCGUCAUCCUCGCCCUCACCGUCUUCCGCCCCCGCGACCCUCGCACUCAGCUCGUCUCCGCCACCAUCAGCGGCGCCUCUCCUCACUUCUCCCUCCCCACCCUCACCCUUUCCAUCAACCUCACCUUCGCCUUCGACAUCCUCGUCUACAACCCCAACCGCGCCUCCUUCUCCCACGGCCACGGAUCCACCCGCCUUCUCUACCGCACCGCCUACAUCGGCGACGCCGACGUCCUCCCCGGCCGCAUCCCCUCACAUGGAUCCACCCACCUUCAAGUUUCCCUGACUGUUGAUGGGUCCCGCCUCGCCGGCGAGACCAGGAACUUGGUCUCCGACGCCAUGGCCGGUGAGGUGGACUUCGACGCCGAGACGAGGAUACCUGGGCGGGUUAAGUUCUUGGGCUUCAUCAAACACCACGCCGUGGCGAUAUCUAAAUGCCACGUGGCCGUCGGUUUCCCGAACUUGAAGGUCAUGCGUCAGGACUGCACUCAGAAAACCAAGUUAUGAUCACCGGACCGGUGACCAUACUCUGUUUGGGAGAAGAAUCGGUUUUACAGCGUUAUUAUUAUUACCGCAUAGACUAUACGAGAGUGGAUUAUGGUUCAAAAUUUAAUUGGAUGGAUUUAUUUUGAGAUAUAUAAAUAAUUUAUUAAAUUUAUAUAGAUAUACGAUUGUGAUUUUUGUUGGUUGAUUUCGUUCUCCAUUGUACCUUUUUAAUAUUGUAGAGUUGCAGAUGAAUUAUUGCUUGUAAUAUGUGGGCCCGCCUGUGAGAAUUUGUGAUUUAUUAUUGUUAUUUUCUUGACUGUAAACGACUGUACGUAGAAUGAUAAAAUAUUCUCUUUUGAUUAAGUGA